AUUAAUUUACUGCAAAAACAAUCCUCCCUCUCCUCCAAGCCGAGCGCAGCAUGAUAUUUUAAUGAAAAAGGAAGAACGGAGACGUUGCAUUGAUCGCCUGAAAAGCAUUUGGAGCAUUAUUGGCAAACGUCAGUUCGUUCUGAUCACCAUGGCGACGUCGUUUUUUCAGUCUUACUUGGUAUAUGGGAUAAUUUUGAUGCCAUCUUGUAUAAUAAUCACGUUUCCUGAGAUUGAGAAUAUUGUUCCUGGAAAAAUAUUCCUCAUAUCGACCAUUGGACAAGUAGCAGGUGUUGCAGUGGCCGGCAAAUUGCUUGAUCGAUUUAAGACCUUCAAGAAAGCAGUUUUAUUAAGUGUAAUUAUCAUGAUACUCUCAUGUGUUGGACUGUUCUUUGCACAUUCUCGUCGUAAAAUGACUCUUCUUUAUAUAUUAUACACAACAAUUAACACAGCAGGUGGAGUGUAUUUACCUUCCGCUAUUGAAUUAUUAGUUGAAACUACUUAUCCAGCUAACAAAUUGCUUCUGAUGUCACUAUAUACGUCGAUUUCGAAUACCUUCAUUGUUAUUUUCACGUCCAUUACCAGACUGUUGAUGACAAAACGUGGAGUUCCAACUGCUACUUUAGCGACAGUUGGCUUUCUCGUGGUUUCGAUGGUUGCCAUAUUGAUGGUUAAACCAGAUUAUAAAAGACAUAAGACUGAUUUAAAUACUACUGCAUUAAACAGCAAACGGCAAAACAAGGAAUUGUACAAAAUUCAUGAUACACGUUCCAUAGGAACGAAUGCAGAAUUAUUGGAAUAAUUCAUAAUCAUUUCCAUAAAUAGAAACUCAACAAAAACUGAAAGAGUUGUUCUUUUUAAUUUAUUAAUUUGAAAAAUAUAUACGAGAAAUCAUAAUCGGAAAUAGUGGCGACUAAGUAGGCAACUAUCACUUGAACCAUGAGGACGAGGUAGAUGAAUUUGAUAUUCCCAUUUUACUACCAAGUUUUUCAAGACUGACCUUUAUUGUCAUUUUUAUUGUAAUAACUUUACAUGUAGUCUUCUUCGUGCUAUUUCUAUAGAGUAUUACUUUGCUUUCAACUAUGAACCAUCUUGUACAACAGAGCGUGAUUUAUUUCGGUAGUUGCAUGCUUUCGGAAAAAUAUAGACUGGUAAUAACAAAACUCUCACAGGGCUUCAAAAUAUCAA